GCACCAUUUCUACAUGUUUGGGCCAUUAAAAGAGUUUCUGGGAGGACAGCAUUUCAGACGUGAAGCAGACAGCUUGAUCACGGCUCCAGUAUAAUAAGUUAUGAAUUUUAUACCUUAAAAUACUUUAAAAUACUUAAAAUACAUACACUUAGCUACUGUAAGGCAGCAGUGAAACCUUAUGUCUAAACUUUGAAGAAGCAGAAAGCAGAAGAUUUCUCCUUCUGCGGAAAAUGUUUUACUUCAGAGGCAAAAAAAACAUGUUGCCUAGGAAAAAGAUCAACAGCUUUGUGAACAGCAUUCCUUUGACGCUGCAGCAGGACGGAGAACAAAAAAUGUACAAAAUGCCUCGAAGACAGAGUAAAGUACACCCAAGAUAUAUGGAUCCCCUGCAGUUACCAAAUGUAGAAAUUGACACAAUGCUGUCACAAAUAAACGAGCGAUGCUCUUUCACCACCUGGAUUAAAAGCAACAUCAAGAAAAAACAGUGCUGCUUCUAUGUAGAAGGUCCCAGAGAAGGGAUCUGUGAGUGUGGCUAUCCAAAGGAUGUUCAUAUUGAAGAGGCCAUCAAGCCAGAGGACUACAAGGGACAGGUAUAUGACAUACAAAAGCACAUGAAGGAGGUUGCUACUGACGCAUUUGGAGACAUAAGCUUUGGAGGAAUUGGACAGAAACCAGGCAAAUUUGUCCGUGUAUCCUCCGGUACGUCUGAGCAGAAACUGUAUGAACUGAUGACUAAGCAGUGGCAGCUGCAGCCCCCUAACUUGUUAAUAUCAGUGACAGGAGGAGCCAAAAACUUCCACAUAAAGACGGUCUUGAGGAACAAGUUUCGUAGAGGACUCAUUAAAGUGGCCCAAACCACAGGUGCAUGGAUCCUGACAGGAGGAACACACACAGGUGUGAUGAAACAUGUUGGGAGAGCAGUACGGGACUACAACCUAAGCAGUAAUGCUGUAGGGGGGCAGAUUGUGGCUAUUGGAGUGGCCACAUGGGGGGUCAUCCACAAUCGCCAGUCUCUGGUUCACUCAGAUGGUAGGUUUCCUGCUCAUUACUAUCUGGAUGAACAUGAUCAGGGCAGACUAUCCUGCCUAGAUGUUAAUCACUCUCACUUCCUGCUGGUGGAUGAUGGAACAUCUGGGAAAUAUGGAGCUGAGAUUGAACUCCGUGGACGACUGGAAAAACUGAUCUCAGAACAACCUCUAGAAAACAGUGAGAGUGAACUGAAGAUUCCAGUUGUGUGCGUGGUACUGGAAGGUGGCCCUGGAACCCUAAAUACAAUCUACAAUGCCAUAAUAAACAGCACUCCAUGUGUUGUUCUGGAAGGUUCUGGGCGUUUAGCUGAUGUCAUCGCCAACGUGGCUGGCCUGCAUUUGUCCGAGGUCACAAUAGGGCUCAUCCAACGACUGAUGAAAAAGUUUUUUGCAGAAGAGUAUGAAACAUUUUCUAAAGGGAAAGUCGAGGAGUGGACCAAAAAGAUUCAGGACAUUAUCCAAAAGCCACAGCUGUUGACAGUUUUCCGAAUUGAUGAGGAGAAAAACAAUGAUUUGGAUGUAGCCAUUCUCCAAGCUUUUCUGAAAGCCCCGCAGUGCAGUGACAGUGUGAGCAGAGAGAGACAGCUGCAGCUGGCUGUGGCCUGGAACCGGGUGGACAUUGCAGAGCGUGACAUCUUCACUGAAGAAAGCAAAUGGAAGUCUUGUGAUCUGCACCAGGCCAUGUUCUCUGCCUUGGUGAGCCAUAAGGCUGAGUUUGUGCGUUUGCUGCUGGAGAACGGGCUAUGCAUCAUCCAGUUUCUUGAAAAAGAAGAUACACUGUGUAACCUGUAUAAACAAAUUCCCAGCUGCGUUUUUUUGCGCAAACUGGCCAACCGAGCACAGGGAAUCAAAAGAAUUUCAAUAAGCCAUGUGAGUGCUGAAGUGCGGCGCCUGCUUGGUGCCUUCAGUCAACCAGUCUACCAACUACCUGUUCACAAAAUAGAGAUAUUCAGUGAUGACAUGGAUUCUCCAACCACACCCAAAAGCCAGAUUCAAGAGCUGCCCUGCUCAGGGAAGGAGAAGGUCUUAGCCACAGUGCAUGAUCCCGGCAGAGAUCUGUUCCUUUGGAGUGUGCUGCAGAAUCAGAAAGACCUGGCACAGAUCAUUUGGGAACAGUGCCGUGAUUGUAUUGCGGCUGCCCUGGCUGCCAGUAAAAUACUAAAGAAGCUUGCAAAGGAUGAAGGAGAUAAUGGGGAAGAGGCUGAAUCGAUGAGAGAGCUCGCUGAUCACUAUGAAAAGCAAGCCAUUGGUGUGUUUAGUGAGUGUCAUCGCUGUGACAAGGAGCGAGCACAGAAACUGCUGACCCGUGUUUCUCCAUCAUGGGGCAGAACAACCAGUAUCUGUCUCGCUCUGGAGGCCCAUGACAAGAGCUUCAUAGCUCACUCAGGUGUCCAGGCUUUCUUGACUCAGAUCUGGUGCGGUAAAUUAGCAGUGGAAAAUCCACAGUGGAAGGUGCUGCUCUGCAUGUUUUUCUUUCCCCUUAUCUACACUGGAUUUCUGGUCUAUAGGCGUGAUGAGGUCAUCCGCAGGGAAGCAAAGAGAACAGAAGAGGAAAAGCUGGUUAUGGAUUCAGUGACUGGGAUGUCUAAUAUCGAAAGAAAGAAAACUGUUCGCGCCCAGUCUGGUAGGAAGUCUGUGCAUCCAUUAAACUGCUGGAAGCGAUUACAGGGUCUGUACACGUGUCCUCAGGUGAAGUUCUACUGGAGCAUCCUGUCUUACUUUGGCUUCCUGUUUCUCUAUGCUCUGGUCUUGAUGACGGACUUCCAGCCUACGCCAUCUUGGAAGGAAUUGCUCUUGUAUAUUUGGCUUACUUCACUCAUGUUUGAGGAAUUCAGACAGAUCUUUUAUGAUUUUGAUGGAUUCACACUUUGGAAAAAAAUGAGCGUUUAUAUUAAAGACUUAUGGAACAUUUUGGACAUGUUGUCGAUAUCACUCUUUAUCGUCGGCCUGGCUUGCAGGCUCCAGUCUUCGAGUACAGUGUUCUAUGUGGGGAAAGUCUUUCUCUGUAUAGAUUUUAUUGUAUUCAGUUUGCGCUUGAUGGCCAUCUUCACCAUCAGCAAGACCUUAGGACCAAAGAUCAUCAUUGUCAGGAGAAUGAUGAUGGAUAUGUUUUUCUUCCUGUUCCUGCUCAGUAUCUGGGUGGUCGCCUAUGGAGUGGCCACACAGGGCAUCCUGAUUGACAAUGAGAAUCGAAUUAACUGGCUUAUACGUGGUGCUGUCUAUGAACCCUACCUCAUCAUAUUUGGCAACCUGCCUGGCAAUGUGGACAACACCCAAUUUGACCUAAACAGUUGCAGUAUAAAUGCCACUGAUCCUCUAAAGCCCAAGUGUCCGAUGCUGAAUAGUGACAACACCCCAGCAUUUCCCGAUUGGCUGACCAUCAUCAUGCUGUGUGUUUAUCUUCUAUUUGCCAACAUCUUGCUCCUCAACCUCCUAAUUGCCAUCUUCAACUACACAUUUGAGGAGGUGCAAGGGAACACAGAUAUAAUCUGGAAGUUUCAACGGUAUGAACUGAUAAAGGAGUACCACAGUCGCCCCUCUCUACCUCCACCCUUCAUCCUCCUGAGCCACAUUUACAUCUUCUUCAGAUGUGUGCUCCUGCGACAUGCACCUCAGAAGUACCAGAUCUUCAGGAAGGAGCUGAGUCAAAAAGAAGAAGAGGAGCUGAUGUCAUGGGAGUCGUUCAUGAAGGAAAACUAUCUGGCUUCUCUAAAACAGGACGAUAACCAGAGUAUGGAGCACCGCAUGGAAGAAACUGCAGAAAAGGUUGGAACCAUUUCUGAAAUAAUAGAGCAUGGACAAGCAUGGGGUUUGGCGUCUAUAGAAAAAAGGCUUGGCCGGUUGGAGGAGCAGGUUUGUCAAUCAACUAAAGCACUACAGUGGAUCAUGGACACACUUACAUCUCAGGGUUUCCGAUCCAAACAGGAUCCUCCUGUAAUGUCUGACAAUCAAGAGAAUCUGCAAGAGUGAGUCCUUAUCUGUCAUGUUCAAACUUGAAAGAAUGCAUCACUCUUUUAUUUUAUUAAAUAUUUUAUCUUUAUUAUUAUAAAUCAUCUUUUUGAUUAUUUUAAAUGAAAAUAAUUGUACAGGUUAGGUAUUGUAUUGUAUUGUACUGCAAGGUAAUGCAGUGAUGCAGGCUCAGGUGGUUGAGGCUGUGGGUUGCUUAAACUUUUUUUUGCUAUAAAAACCUAUCAAUUACAGAUCUACACAUAAUAUUAAUGCACUUACUUGGUGUAAUGGUUGCUUAAGUUGGUGUAAGUGUUACAAAUGUAUUCAUUUUCUGAAUUGCCAUACUGUUGGUCCAUCAGGCAAGACUCUUAACCCUAUUCCUAUACAAAACCACUGUGCCGUUGCUGGGCCCAAUGCCCAGAUGACAAAGAAGGAGGGUUGGGCACCAUCGUCUGCAUAAUCUAGACUAUGAAUUAUUCUUUAGGUAAAUCAGGUUUACGUCUUGUUCUCAUCUGGAUCAUAAGCUGAACUGAGAUCUAACGCAAACAUACUUGAGUCUUAACAGACUUCAAACCAUUAUUUCAAGCGAUUCGGUUAUCAUAUGCUGGAAAACCUGAGAAAAAUGUCUUACUAAUGUUUUGCUUUGUUGGGAUUCUGUUCUUCUGUUUACUCCUGUUUACUUCUGUUGUUUUCUAAAAUUUAAAGUUAGACAUUAAGGGUUCAUUAUUGGAUUUUCUUUUCCUAAUUACAGAAUUUACAAUAGUAGUUUAAAAAAUUACAUUUAAGGUAUUGACUGUCAGUAUGGUAUUUAUUCAACAUGUUAACUGACAAUGAACUAGAAAUUAAAUGUUUUGCUGGCUGGAUGACGGUUCUUUUUCUGUACUUAAUAAUUUUGACAUAAUGUACAGUAAUUAGACAUGAAUGCAGCUCUUAAAACUAAAUUUAAUAAGAUCACCAAGGGCAUGUGAAAACUACUUAGGGUGUGUUUGCAAAUAAAAAGUUUUCAU